AUGUUCAGUCUUAAAUUAUCCAGAUCAAUUGAAAAAUCAAAAUUUUAUAGAUCUUUUUCAUUAACUAAUUGGUUUAAAUCUUGGAAAGAUGCUGCUCAAUCUCAAAGAUUAAUUUAUCCACCACCUCAUUCACAAUUUACAACUAAAAAUAGAAUUAUAGAUAUUUAUAUAAAUGAAAAGCAAGAAUUGUAUCCAUAUUUAAAUGUUAAACAGCCUUUAUUAUUACAUUUCACUUAUGCAACACAACAAAAUAAUAAAGUUACAAAAGCUUUAUUUGAUGUUUUAAGUGAUGCAAAUAAAUACCCAUUCGGAGAUCAAGAAAAUAAAUCUGUUUAUUUAGUAAAUAUCUUGUGUGAUUCUCAAGGUGGUAGAGAAUUAAUUUUGGAUUAUGUUGUUGGCUCAAAAAUACCUUGUGUUUUAGUAUUGAAACAUCAAUUACCUACUGGUCAAAGAUUUAUACCAAAUGUUGAAAAUUUCAAUGAACAAGAUGUAAUUGAAUGGUUACGAACUAUAUAA